UCCCUAUCCACGAGUAAGAGCUAUUCUGACUUCCUAACCUUUUGGACAGUUCCAAAAGCUCGACCGUGUUUCCUUCGCAGGCACUUUAGGAAAGCGAUCAUGCCUGGAUUUAGAGAUAUCGAAGCAGCCAGCCGACGACACCGCAGAGCUUCUGCCUCGAGGUCCAGGGAACAAGAAAUGCUACAGCCCGCUUCCUCUUUAACUCUCCGAUCCACGGCCGUCGGCAUCAUUGUUGGCUUCUUAAUAUGCCUAUCCAACACGUAUUUCGGACUUCGUACUGGUUUCUUAGCCAUAAUGAGCCUUCCUUCAACCAUACUGGGCUUUGCCUUCUUCAAAAUGGUCCAAGAUCAUUUAGCUUUCCCAUUCACCCCCCAAGAACACGCGACAAUGGUUGUUAUUGCGAGCUCUUUGGGCUUGAUGCCUUUCACGAUCGGAUCUGUCGGGAUUUUGCCGGCCAUGGAGUUCCUCACCAACGAAUCGGAAAAUGGCCCCUUCCGACUUGACUGGUCUCAACUCUGUGUUUGGUCCAUUGGUGUCAGUAUCCUGGGUGUUGCCGUGACCCUACCACUGCGAAAACGGUUUCUUGUCCAAGAGCCUUUGCCAUUCCCAUUUGGAACGUCGUCGGCGGCUAUGAUAGGAUCAUUACACCGGGAUACUGACAUUGCGGAUCGAAUUCUCCGCGCUCAGAAUGAUUUGGAUAGCAAUAACGACAAGCAAAAGCCAUCAGUUGUAGAAGACUCAGUUGAUACUGACGAUAGCCUUGUGCAACAUGGUUGGAGCCAGAAUAACAAACUCAUUCUCAUCACAUUCUUGUUUGCGGCACUUUACUCCCUCACUGCAUAUUUCAUCCCUCAAAUGCGUACCGUAAAUAUCUUCGGCAACUAUCUUGCUCGAGAAUGGCUCUUUUCUCUCUCGACAUCCCCAGGCUAUAUCUCCAUUGGCUUGAUUGUGCCUCCAGUCACAACCCUUUGGAUCGUCGUUGGAUGCUUGAUUGGGUGGGGCAUACUUUCACCUCUAUCCAAAUUCAACGGAUGGGCCCCUGGCUCUGUCUCCGACUGGGAAAGCGGCUCAAGAGGUUGGAUCAUGUGGAUAGCAGUGGCACUGAUUUUAGGCGAUACAGCCAUCACUCUUUCGACAAUGCUCCUACGUUCCUUCAAUGUCUAUAUACCAAACUUGCUGGGCCUCACAACAUACUUGAAAAGACAUCUCCGAUCCGACAACGAAGAGGAUACACAGCCUCUGAUCAGAAGUUCAUCACGGUCUAAAGCACUGCCUCUCCUUGGGUCUUUACACUACCGGGAUGACAAAUUAACCACCAAAGUCUAUCUGAUCUGGAUACUAGCCGGCCUACUUUUAUGCUUCGCUUCUAUGAUCGUCCUUUUUGGCUUAGCCGUUGCUGGUGUUGUUGAAGCAAGCGUCUGGCAAGCGGCAGAGAUGAUGGACGAGUUCAAGAUGGGCCAUCUUGUCAAUGCGCCACCGAUGUCUCUUUUCUAUGGACAAUUGAUUGGAUCGUUGGUUGGUUCCGCUAUAUCGAUGCUGGUCUACCGGCUUUACACCAACAUGCUCGGCUUUCCGUCCAAAGACUUUCCCAUGCCAUCGGCGCACAUCUUGAUUUCAACAGCUCGACUAGUAUAUGGCCGAGGCAUGCCGCCUGGGCUACUCAAAUUUGGCAUAGUUGCAUCGGUUUUGGGUGCUAUAUUCAAGAUACUCAAAGAUUCUAAGCGUCUUAGUAGUCGCUGGUCUCCUUGGGUACCAUCCAGUGUUGCGUUAGCUGCAGGCAUGUAUAUCAUGCCCGAAAUGAUUUUGGCACAAGGAAUUGGAGGUCUGAUUCAUUAUUAUAUCCUUGGGCGCUGGGGUCGAGAAAAGGAAUCGCGCCUCAUUUCCACGGCUACAGGCUUCAUACUUGGUGAAGGCUUAUUCAGCUUAGUUACCAUGAUCCUGCAGAGCAUUGACGCGCCACAUUUAUAA